AUGACGCCCCACGCCCGCAAAUUCUCGCUCUCUCAGGCGUCAUCCCGUAAAGCCUCGACUGUCGCCGCCGCCGCUUCCUCCCUGGCACCAGACACCGGAGCAUCUUCCCCUUCAACUGGUGCUGCUGACCACGAGACGCACCAACAGCAGCACCACCAGCACCACCACCGCCGGCAUGACCACAACGAGUUCCACGAGCACAACCAUCCCCAGACCCACCGCCACAGCCACGAUCUGCCUUCGUCACGAGGCAAGAAGGGGCAGCACCGGGGAAACGACCAUGAUGGUGGCGCUCAGGUAGCCGAGGCUGUUGAGCUUCGUCGCAGACAAAAAGCCACUGACGCCGGACCGUCCGUUACCGAAGUUGUCCAGACCAUCUCUGUUGUCCAGGUCAUUGACGGAAAUGGCUCCGUUGUCACUUUGCAUACUCUCUACUCACCAACAGUCGCUGGAGCUACCAAUACACCCGACGGUGCCGUCCACACGCCCGCGGCAGGUACACCAGCUGCCAAAGGAACAGCAACAGCGACGCAGCCGUCUGCACAAUCUGCAGCAGGAAGUGUGGUCCCCCCAGCUGAACCAUCAAGCUCCUCGAGCUCGUCAAUGUCUUUGUCGCCAACUACUUCCACAAAGACGACAGCGGACACGGGUUCGUCGGAUGCCACGCGUUCGUCUGAAACGGCUGCAGCACCCACACAGUCAACUAGUACCGCUUUACCUGCUGCGUCGUCCUCGAGUGACACCACAUCCACGCAGACAAGCGCGUCUGCCAACGUGGCUACAAGCGCAUCUGGCGCGACUGGUGCAACUGGUACUCCGGCGACGAUUGACAGCUCAAGAACCGCCCCAGUUGGGACGGCCUCGACAACGGCAGUGCCUGCAUCGGCCAACACCGGCGCUACCGAGCCGUUCACCAACGGCACUACAACUUCCACACCCAUCGCCAUUCCUUUGACCACGGGCCCUUCGACUACCCUCCUGCCUGCCGCGCACAAUAGCACCCACACCCAUGCAUACACAAACAGCUCUUUGCAGCACACCCUUUUCUCCAACACAACCCGCACGUCAACGUCUUCCACUCGCCUCUUUACUUCGUCUACCCUGUCGAGUUCGCUCAUCGUCGUUUCCCGGUCGUCCUCCUCGGCGACAGAAGAAGCCACUGCUACUGACGGUGCUGGUGGCGCAGGCGGCGUCCCUGCAGGCACGACACCUACGGCUGCGUCCUCGUCAUCCAACGACGGCAACUCCCCUGGCCCACCCACCAGCGUUCUGGUCGGCAGUGUCAUUGGCGGCUUGGCUGGCAUUGCAUUGCUGCUCGUCGUGGCCCUGUACCUGCUCAAGUGGAAGAAGAGGAGAGACGCCAAUGGCCACAAGCUCUUGGGCGACGGCGACGAUAUGCUUACUUCCAUGGCAGCAGGCGGCGCCACCCGCGGAAUCAUGGCGGGCGGCACAGGUGGUGCUAGCGGUGGUGGUGAUGACGGGGGAGGCAGUGGUCCAGCCAGUGGCCCCAGCAGUGGUGGUCCGACCAGCGGUCCCGCCGGAGGUAUGUCGGAGAACCGGACGGGCUUUCUGAUGCCGUUUGCCGCUGCACUGGCCUCGGGCCAGAAACGGCUGUCUCGCGGCACGACGGGCGGACACACAUUUUCGUCUGAUGUGAGCAGCAGUACGGGUGGUGGUGCAGGCAGUGCGGCCAGUGGUGGUGAUGCCAAUCGUGGCUUCUACCGUGUCUCCGGCAGGAAGCUGCCGUCCGUCCUGUAUCACGGGGGCGAUGGCUACGCUGAUCCGCGCGAGAGUUUGAUGAGUGUCAACCCGUCAUUGUAUCGGGACUCGCAGGGCUUCUUUGGCGGUGCUGGUGGACCUGCCACGACGCCCGUGUCUCGGUAUGCGGUCGGUUCUCCCAUGCGGCCCGAGAGUGGUGUGCCCAUUGUCCAGCCUGGUCCUGGCAAGGCGGUUGCGAUGCGGGUGCCAAUAUCACGACACGGUUCGUCCAUACACGACGACACUGCCUCGAUUCGGAAUCUCACACCGCCGCCGGGCAUCGACCCCAUCGGUCGGUCGCUUGCCUCGCAAGACGACUCCCGAGGCUCUGGAUCGCGCUUCACGGAAGAUAUUUUCUGA